AUGCUGUCGCAAUACACUCUCUCAGCGGUGGCGCUGUUGGCGUCGCUCGCCCAGCCAGUCAUCGCCCAGGUUUCGACCAAAUGCAACCCGAUGAACACCACUUGCCCUGCCGACCCGGCCUUUGGUAUGGAUUACACCUUCAACUUCAACGCCACUCCAUCGACCGAUGCUUGGGAGACCACCGUCCGUCCCGUCACAUACACCGCAGACAACGGCGCCGAGUUCACCAUCAGCAAGCAGGGCGACUCUCCCACCAUUCGCACAAAGUUUUACUUCUUUUUCGGUCGCACCGAGAUCCACAUGAGGGCAGCUACGGGCAAGGGUAUUGUGAGCUCUAUGAUGUGGCUUAGCGACACCUUGGACGAGGUCGACUGGGAAUUCCUCGGUGUGAAGAACGAUGCCUUGAGCAACUUCUUCGGCAAGGGCGUGGAAGACUUCAAGAAUGGCGCCACGCAUGCCGUUUCUGGUAGCAUUCACGACGACUUCCACAACUACACCACUGUUUGGACCAAGGAUCAACUCGAAUGGUGGGUGGAUGGCAGCCAGGUGCGAGUGCUGAAGGCUACGGACGCCAACAACACCGCUGCCUACCCUCAGACCCCUAUGCGACUCAGUCUGGGUAUCUGGGCCGGUGGCGAUCCGCGCAUGGCUGCUGGCACCAGAGAGUGGGCUGGAGGCGACACCGACUACGCCGCGGGACCUUACACGAUGUAUGUCAAGUCAGCGCAGGUUACCGAUUACAGCUCUGGCAAGGAGUAUUCGUUCGGCGACAAGACCGGCUCGUGGGAGAGCAUCAAGAUCACCGAGGGCAACUCUACCGUCAAGGAGGCCCUGCUCGCGGAACCUAGCAAGUCUGUCAGCGAGAAGUUCGAUUCUCUCAACCCCACCGCCAAGACUGCCGUCUACGCAUCUGGUGUUGGUGUUGGCUGCGCUCUCAUUGCCUUUGGUCUGUGGUACUUCAUCCGCCAGCGCAAGCGUGGCGCUGCUGAGGCUCGCAUGCGUGAGGCCAAGGCUGAGGAGGAGCGUCUCGAGAUGGAGCGUUUCCAGAAGAGCGGCAUCGACCCUGACUCCUUCAACGGCUCCACGGGCACCGAGUACAAUGCCAGAGACUUCAGCAAGAACGGAAUGGUGCAAGAGACCUCUUACAGCGUUCCUGCGACCCAGGAGAAGGCUGUUUGGGAUGCCGCCCCUGCGGCCGCUGCUGGAGCCGGUGCCGUUGGUGCCGCCGGUGGUAUGCGCGCUUACAGUGAUUCCCGUACGGGCACGCCUGUCCUGCCUCCGUUGAGAACCCAGAGUCCUAGCGUGCCGCCCUCCGGUCCUCUGCCGAUGGCGCCGAGCCGUAGCACUUCCCACGGCGGCUACUCAAGACUCGGCUCUCCCGAUCAACACAGCCCCCCGCCUAUGAGCCCUCCUCACGGCGGCUACAGCGACAAUGCUUUCGGUAACCAGCAAGGUGGCUUCGGAAAUAACGGGUAUGGAGGCGGAAACCAGGGCUACCAGGGCGGCUUCAGGUGA